AUGGGUAAAGAUAAGAAAAAAGAGAAAAAGAGGGAUAAAAAAAAAGAUAAGAGUCAUAAGAAGGAUAAAAAAAGGAAACAUUCAUCUAGUUCUUCUUUUUCAUAUUCAUCAUCAAGUUCAGAAAGAAAGAAGAAAUAAAAAAAACAAAGAAAAUAAUCUCAUUCAAGAUCAUUAAAGAAAAAAGAAGAGAGAUAAGUUCAAGUUUAAUAACAAUAAAAAAAGAUUGACUAAAUUAAGAAUCCUAAUAACAACAACGAAAGUUAAGCAAUAAAUAAAGAGAUUGUGAUUAAAUAAUAAUAGGUGGAGAAUAUUGAAUAGAAUAUUAAUGAAAAAAAGGAAUAUCAGGAUUAAUAAAGAACAGAUUAGCAAUAAAAAUAAGAUUUAGAGAUUCAAAUUAAUUAAGUAUAAAUAAAAAAUAAUGAAUCGAAUCAGAAUAUAAUGGUAGAAGAAUAAAAUUAAAUAGGCAAUUAAGAUAUUUAAGCUGAAGAAGAAGAAGAUUAUGAGGAUAGAUUAAAAAAGGUAAAUUAAGAGUUGUUAAAAAAAUUUGGAUUCACAAGUUUUGGAUCUUCAAAAGGAAAGGAUCACACAGUAAAAUAUAUAAUUAUUAAAGGCAAGUGCAGUUGAAGGUGUAUUUAAAGCAGCAAAUCAAAAGCGUAAAUACAGAUAAUAUAUGCAUAGAAGAGGAGGAUUUAAUAGAUUAUUAGACAAAAUGGAUUGAUAAAUAAGAAAG